AUGACAAUCAGGUUCCUUGUAUCUCCUGAGGACGCUUUAAGAUAUAAUUGGGUUGCUGUUAUAAAAGACAAGUUGGUGGAUUCAAUUCACAAUUUUAAGUCAUAUGAGCGCAAGAAAGAAGCAUUUAUAUCGAAGUUGGAUACCAUAAAAUGUGAAGCAAAUGAAUUAAAUGAGAAACUUUUAGCUGUUAGACAAGAGAUUAUAGAAACUGAGGAUGAAUUGUAUUAUCUUAUUGCUGAUACAUUGGAAAACGAAGCAUUGGCUAAGAAAAAUCAACACAAAGAUGAUCAUGCGGAAAAGACUCCUUGCAAAGCUACAGUUGAUGAGACAUCCACUGAUAUAAAUAGUUCAACCCACAAUGAGGUUCCUUGUGAAAAAACUGUUGUUCUAUAUUCAACCGGUGAUAUGGAGAUUCCUAUGGAUACGAAUUUUGCUGGACCAAGUUUUUCAUUGGGGUUGAGUCAAUCGUCUGGUGAUAAAAACAUUGUUGAUCCUAUACUCGAAAAUAAAAAGACAUACGAUGAAUGUCAAGAGGAUGUUGUUGCUGCUACUCUUGGUCCAUUUAGUGCUACUGAAGCGCAACUAAGACUUCAAUUUAAGAAUCAAAACUUUGAUGAAGAAGACUACAUUUUUUUCUUCCCCUACGGCCAACAUGAACAUUGGGUGCUCUUUUGUAUCGAUAUACCAAGACAUAAAAUUUGGUAUUUCAAUUCACUUAACCCCAAAGAAGGUUGGAUUACAGAUAAGCCAACAAUGAAAAUGUUAUGGUAUUAUUUUAGGACCAUCGUUCGACAUCAUUCAGCUAAUGACAGGUAGGAAUGGAAGUCUUGAAUAUAUUUUUCUUAAGAACUUUUUAUAACGAAAUACCAAUCCUUGUUGUGUAUUACAUGUGCGAAUGAAGUUUUGAAUUUUUUUUUCUUAGUCAUAUCCCGCAGCUAGAUACCCGUUCUUGCAGUGUAAUAGUGACUUUAUACAUGGAUUACUUCAAUGGCCAAUAUCAAAAAUAGUGUCUUGGAGCAAUUCAAAGAUAUGAAUAAUUUGAAUGCAAAAAGAGCAAAGGUAUGUGCGAAGUUACUUUUGCAAGAUGCUAAUGAAAGGAAAUCUAAUUUGUUGGACAUGUUAAGAAUUUACAAAUAACAAAAUAAACAUAUGAGGAAACGAAACUGUAAAUAGAAUAUAUUUAGACGAAGAUCAAGGCGGAAGUUGUGAUUUUUUCAACCGUUUGUAGUUUCUACUAGUUAUUUUUUAAAUGGACAAGUUGUAUUAGUUAUUUCUAAUUGUGAUAUAUUGUAUUACUAUUAUUAUAAAUGAAUAUAUUGUAAUUUGAGAUGGUGUAUAACCGAGGAUGUGCCUGAUGGAGCCGCAACUGAUCAAAGAAUUGCUGAAAAAGCACAUGGUGAUGAGAAAGUUGUGGUAGCAUUAGCAGCAAAACAACCAGCCUUUCAUCAGAUUGUUAUUUUUUAUGGCCAACAAACUAGGAUUGAUUGAAUUUGUUCGAGGCAAUAGAGAAUAGGCGGUAAUGGAGCAGUUUCUACAGAAAGUCGCCAGCGUGUUAAAAAGUGAAAAUCUAUUUGCUUCACAGGGGGCUUGUUAUAAUAUCUCAGGUUGAAAAUGAAUUUGGGGCACCGAGGAUUGGUUCUCGGGCAAGCGGCGAUUCUUACAUGAAUUGGUUGGCAAAGAUGGUUGUCGGAUUAGAUACCUCAUCCACCGUUGCUUUAGCUCUCAUUCACUCCCGGGAGUUAGUCGUACGAAGAAAUUCAAACCUUGUUGUGUGUGUGUCCUGGUUUGUAGCUUGUAAUUUCUUAUGUUGGAAACAAGGGAGGAAGUGUUGAUAACACUGGUUUGUAUCCG